UAUCGCGACUUGAUUGGAGCGAGCAUCCUGUCUAGACUGCCCCGUCGGCAACAUAAAGCGUCCGUCGAACGUUAGUCGAAGCAGAAGAGCCGACGGAAAUCCAGCGGACUGAAACCGGGAGCUAUGAGGACCCUUAUUGUGUUUUGCGCUUUGGUGAGCUUGGCUACAUCCUCGAGACUUUGUGGUAUGACAGAUAAUGAACUCUCCAAAUUUAUGACGUGCGUCCGCAGUCAUGCUUCUCGAAAGGAUAACCGACAGCUCGACUGGCUUCAAACCAGCUUCGGCUGCAGGAACGAUAUUUGCUUUAUCAGUCAACUUUGCCAAGAGAACGGAGCUAAAAUCCUCGAGGUGAUCGAAGGCAUGGGAAGUAGUUGCAACAGCGCCUCCUGAGAGUGAUGAGAUCCAGUCUUCGACAGCCGAAGUGGCAUCGCCCGUUCGACUCCGGACUUCUCGAGUUCCUUUCUGCAAAGUGUGGAGUGCGUUUGUUUUCCCGCGUCAACGUCCAUGUCACGUUUUUCCAUGUGUUCAUCAAUUUCACGUUUCUAGUCCCAGACGUUGCAACAGGAAACAGUUUGGUUGUUUGGUAACUUUGGUCUCCAAAUAAAUACCGUUCGCAUUGUUUUAAA